ACUUUCUUCAGCUACUGCAACCGCCAUGAGCUGCCUGGCUUUCCAACGAAGGACUGGUGUCGUGUUCCUCCUACCAGAACUGCAGCCUGUCUCGGGCUGGCAGCGAUGCACCAGGGCUCCUGGAGGAAGAUCGAAGAGCCGGGCCCCAUGCCGAACGGAGAGGCCGUCGAACCCGGGGGGGUCCCGGGGGCCGAGAAGGAGGAGGAGGAGGAGGUGCCCCCGCCCCCCACCUCGCCCCCGCCGCCCCCGCCGGGCCCGGCGCCCCCCUCGCCCCCCUGUCCCAGACCCCGGCUGAUCUUCCACACCCAGCUGGCCCACGGCAGCCCCACGGGCCGCAUCCACGGCUUCACCAACGUCAAGGAACUGUACGGCAAGAUCGCCGAGGCCUUCCACAUCUCCCCCUCGGAGAUCCUGUUCUGCACUCUGAACUCGCACAAGGUGGACAUGCAGAAGCUGCUGGGCGGCCAGAUCGGCCUGGAGGACUUCAUCUUCGCACACGUCAGGGGCGACGCCAAGGAGGUGGAGGUCACCAAGACGGAGGACGCCCUGGGCCUGACCAUCACCGACAACGGCGCGGGAUACGCGUUCAUCAAGAGGAUAAAGGAGGGCAGCACGAUUGACCGCCUGAAGGCCGUGUGCGUGGGCGACCACAUCGAGGCGAUCAACGAGCAGAGCAUCGUGGGAUGCCGGCACUACGAGGUCGCCAGGAUGCUGAAGGAGCAGAGCCGGGGAGCGCCCUUCACGCUGCGGCUGGUCGAGCCGAAGAAGGCCUUCGACAUGAUUGGCCAGAGGACAAGGGCGCCGAAGUCCAGCGAGGGGAAGCUGGCGAGCGGGCGCGAGACUCUGCGGCUCAGGUCCAAGGGCGCCGCCACCGUGCAGGAAGUGCCGAACGAGUUUGAGGAGAGGGCCACUAAGAAGGUGGACGACCUGCUGGAGAGUUACAUGGGCAUCCGGGACCCCGAGCUGGCCACCACCAUCGUGGAGGCGGGAAAAGACAAGAAGAAUCCGGACGACUUCGCGGAGGCCCUGGACUCAGUGCUGGGAGACUUCGCCUUCCCCGACGUCUUCCUGUUCGACGUGUGGGGCGCUAUAGGGGACGUGAAAAACGGUCGAGUGUAGCGAGCGGUCGGUCCCCCAAGCCCCGCCCCCCUUUCUCUCCUCACCACCCCUGACCCUGUUGCUUGGC